UGAGCUGCUGCGUGUGCGCGUGAGUGCAGGCGCGCGCUGCGUCAGUCAGUAGCACGCAGAGCAGAGCUACUACCAGGGCGUCAUGAAUGAAGUCUGAACGGCACGCAUUGGAUGUGCAACUGGGAUUUUGGACCUAUGGAACAUCAUCCUAAACUCCUGUUGUUCUCACACUCCUGAGGGAAAUGGGGAACGUAAUAUCAGAGCAACCCAACUUUCUUUCCAGUCUUCCGUUCUGUAAUUCUCUUCAUAUCUCUAUUCUGGGUCUGGACUCAGCUGGCAAAACAACAGUGCUGUACCGUCUGCAGUUCAAUGAGUUUGUCAACACCGUCCCCACCAAAGGUUUCAAUGCGGAGAAGGUCCGAUUAGCUGUCGGGGACUCACGGACAGUGACGUUUCACUUUUGGGACGUCGGCGGCCAUGAGAAACUGCGCCCACUCUGGAAGUCCUAUACACGAUGCGCGGAUGGCAUCAUGUUUGUUGUGGACUCUCUGGACUCGGAGAGGAUGGAAGAGGCUAAGACUGAGCUUUACAAAAUCGCUCGCUCCUCUGAUAAUCAAGGAGUGCCUGUGCUGAUUAUUGCAAACAAGCAGGACUUGAGACGGGCUCUGUCACUGUCCCAGAUAGAGACCAUGCUGGCGCUCAAAGAACUGGGACCCUCUACCCCAUGGCACCUGCAGCCCACCUGUGCCAUCAUCGGUGAUGGUCUCAAAGAAGGACUCGAUAAACUUCAUGACAUGAUCCUAAAACGAAGAAAGAUGCUCAAACAGCAAAAACAGAAAAAUAGACCGUAAAUGUAUUAUAUAAAUGGGUGGGAAAAGAACAAUAGUUGUUAACUGUCAUUUUUAUGUGCCCAUAGUUGGUCAAAACCAACAUGCACUUUAGUUGUUUACUUUCUUGUUGUUUACUUCUGAUUGUUUACUAUCAUUUAGAAAUAUAUAAACUUAAUUAUCACACUGAAGGAUGAUUAAUGUUGCUGGUUUUAUUUAGAAUGUGUCUUUACAAUAAAAGGGCUUUCUAUGUUUAUUCUAA